GACUGGAUCCCACUACUCUUUACAACAUCGCGCCACUUUCUCGGCCAAUCAGAUUAAAGAAAUAAACCAAUCACGACUUGGUCACUCGCAUUUUACUGUUACUUUGAGUCAGUGAUAGGCUGUUAAUGAUUCCCUCCUCCGUUGUCGAUGGCAGUUGUGAUUAUUUCAGUUUUGCUUUUACGAUAGUCAAGCGAAAAGAGUUCUUAUGGGAGAUCCAGUCUCUCCACCUGUUACUCUCUUGCUUUAUUAUCCACAUGGUAAGUGCUUCCUUGGCAAAAAGUUUGAAUUUUCUCCUGCGUCUAGAUUUCAAAGAAUCUCGGGGUAAAUUCAAGGACUAAAAGGCUCAGUAAUCUGGCUAUGCCGGAUCUCCUUAGCGCUAAUGAAUUCCUUGUUGAUCGGGAUGCACAUCGAUAUUUACAAAGACUUCAGGAGGCACUUCUCGAUAGAAAUGGGCGCCAAAUCUGCCACAUAUGCAAACUGCUUCUUAAACACUUUGACUUCGACCCAGCGAGUGACAUCAUGGAUGACCUUGAAAAAGCCAACAAAGUGACAUUGUCGAAAUCCAAUCUGUCAGCCAUCAGCAUAUAUGGCCUGGACUUGUCAAAGACGAAAAACAUGAAGAAGCUCACGGCACUUUUGUUCAGAUGUCCCAAUGUUAAGAAGAUAGAGCUGGUGUUUUGCUCGUUAAACAAUGUUUAUGCUUUGAAGCUGCUUGAUGUCACUAUGACACUGAAAUCUCUUUAUUUUAUGGGCUUACGCGGCAAUCAAAUUGAUAUGAAACUUGUGCUUAAGCUUCUCACCUUGUUAAAAGACCCAAAAUACUUUCCCAAUCUGUUGUGGGUAGACCUACGAAACAAUAACGGAAUUAUUACCAUUCCCAGCCAGUUUGUUCAGCUCCUAAUGGAGCGAAGAACACAACUCAUUGCUUUAAAAGACACUGAUGAGAAAAAAAAAUCUAUAAGUGUUCAAGACGCCAUAAAUGGAAAGGUAGUUUAAAUUAUCUUUAGGAACUUUUAUCCUUAUAUAUA